GGAUAAGUAGUGCUGCCUUUGCAAGUUUUUCUACCAUAUUCACUAGAGCUCUACUAUCCUAUGGCAACUGUCGAUCCCUCCAAACAUGUACUACUGCAGCAUCCACUCCAAAUCUUCAACCUCCCUGCAGAAAUCGUGGAUACGCUCUCUAUUCGCGCCUCUGUGCUUGCGCCAUCACCGCCAAGGGAGCCUACUCCUCCCCCUGUACAAGAACAGAGAGACACCAGCAGCGCCUUCGCGUGCAACGUCUGCGGUACUGGGUUUGAGGAUGUUCAGGAGCAAAGAGAGCACUAUAAGAGCGAUUGGCAUCGGUACAAUGUUAAGCUGAGGAUAGCCAGCAAGCCUACAGUGUCGGAGGACGAGUUCAACGUCAUUGUUGAAGAGCUGAACGACUCUAUCUCCGGAUCUGCGUCCUCCGACGACUCCGACGCAUCUUCCUCCGCCUCCCUCACACAAAUAAUGAAACGCCAGUCCCUCUCCCGGCCUGCUUCGGACGCCGAAGACCAUCGACCAACACCAAAUACCCCCUUAAUCUGGUUCCAAUCCAGCACCGUACCCGUAACCCAGUUCGGGAUCUACAACGCCGUGUUCGAGCCUGGACUCACGCAGCCUCAGUAUGUGGAGGCGGUGAAGGAGAUGCAGGAUGGCGGAGAGGAGGGCAGGCUGUGGACGUUGUUUGCGACUGCCGGGGGACACUUCGCGGGCAUGGUAGUGCGCGUGAAGAGGCCAAAUGCUGUAGAGCAGGAAGAGACUGGGAAGGGGAAGAAGAAGAAACAGAAGCCUAAACCGGAGGAAAUGGAGGUUAUUCAUCAUAAGACUUUCCACCGAUACACCACACGUCGAAAGCAAGGAGGCUCCCAGUCGCUCAAUGACGAAGCCAAAGGGAAAGCCAAGAGCGCGGGUGCGAUGCUCCGUCGGUAUGGCGAGCAAGCGCUCCGGGAGGACAUCCGUGCACUGUUGACCGAAUGGUCCGAUGAGAUCGACGCAAGUGAGCGGAUCUUCAUCCGCGCGAGUACGAGCAACAAGCGUAUUUUCUGGGGCUACGAAGACAAUGUGAUCGAGAAAGGAGACCCGAGGAUCCGCACGUUCCCUUUCCCAACCAGGAGACCCACGCUCUCAGAACUACAGCGGUGCCUGCAGGAAUUGACAAGGGUGAAGAUUUCCCAUCUGACGGAUGAGGCACUCAGAGCAUUGGACGAGGCUUACCUCGCUUCUCUCCCUAAACCUAAGCCUGCACCUGUCCAGGCACCCACUCCGCCACCUCCAAAGCCGGCAGCACCAAAGCUUACCAAAGAAGAGGAGGCAGAGCGAGACCGCUGGCGCCGGCUGAUCAACAUGGCGCGCAAGGGACGGGUAGAGCCACUCAAAGCAUUCUGGGAAAGGGAGGGCCCAGCCAUGGGUGGGGUGGACGUGUCUAUACCCGAAUGGGCGGAGGACAGCCGUGGACUGAAGUCCCUCCUUCAAGUUGCCUGCUCUGCUGGACAGGAAGAGGUCGUCCAGUGGCUAUUGGAGGAUCAGCAUGCGGAUCCUACGAUUGCCGUUCCCUCUGGCGUGUCUGUAGCUCCUAGGAAGGAAGAAGACGAAGACGAAGAUGAUGAAGGCCGUCCUACCACCCCCGCUGUGGCAGGCACAAGACGUGCGGCUUACGACCUCGCCACUACUCGAGCCGUACGAAAUGUCUUCCGCCGACUGGCGUACUCUCAGCCCACGGCUUGGGACUGGCUUGGCGCUGCCCGUGUGCCUUCAGCAUUGUCCCCCCAUAUGGAAGCAGUCAAAGAGGGGAAGAAAGCUGUCAGGCGUAAGGCUCUCAAAGACCGUCUCCAGGCUCGGGAAAAAGAGAGAGAGGCCGAGCGCGCAAAGCAGGAGGCUGAGGACCGUGCACGCCUUGCAAGGGAGAAAGAAGAGGACGCUCGACGCCGGGCGAAUGAGCCUGCUCUUGCUCGCACCGGGCCUAACAAGCUGGGUGGUGCAAGUGCCAACGGACCGAAGGACGGACUUGCCGGCUUGACACCGGAGAUGAGGGCUAGGAUUGAGCGGGAACGUAGGGCCCGAGCGGCUGAAGCGCGUCUUCGUGGUUGAGAGACACACGUUUCAUCGAAGUGUGUGGGCGCUUCAGUUGAGGUGAUGCCAAGCUUGCUGCGGUGCUGCAGUUUCCGGGUUGAUGUGUAAUAUGUCAGUAUCAUGUUGUAGAGGUUGGAGACUCACAAGGAAAGAAGGAUGGGAAGACGUCGGCAAAUCGCCUUGGUGGAUUGAAUAACGAUGUGUCCCGCUCCACAGAGUGGGAAAUUGACUGCGUGGCAGUUCCUUUCGGAGAAUCUAUCGCCCAGGGAUUUCGAUUCUGACCGUACAUUCUUGGCCAGACGGGUGUUAU